AUGAUUGCAAAGUCUUUUCUUAUUUUUGGCCUUGCCGCCAUCGGCUCUUCAUUCUCCUUCCCAGAUGACCUGCCAAAUGGGUCCUAUCGAGCCUACUACAAUGAGGCUGGCGAAGAAGUCCAUGAGUUGAUUGAAGCAAGCGUUUUUAAUAGCACAUCUUCCCUGCCGGCACUGCCAAAGCGGCAAUAUUCCCAAUCUAAGCGAGAUUCUAUCCAAACCUGGUGCGGGUGCGACAACUCUAUGAAUGCCGGCGAUACAAAUGUUGCAAACGCAGGACUAGCCGACCAAGCGGCUGCGUAUCCGACGAUUUGGCCUGGCACAGCCUUCUACACAAUCCAGAACACUGCCGUUGCGUUUGUGUGCAACGUAGAUGACAAAUCUGCAAAUAUCCCCACGGACGUUGUUAGCACUGGCUCAUGGGAUAUUUCGGCGGCCUGCGGCCUGUUUUAUGCUGGUACCUCCCGCAUUCAGUGGCCCGAGGCCCUGGAUUAUGGAUACAUGAACUACGCGCCAGGCCUUGAAUUCUGUCAAGAUGCCGAAGAAUCGACUUCAAGUACUUGCCAGGUCAACUUCUGGAUUGGCGGUUUCAGUGGGGAGUUUGAAGCUGGAGCGGUUGACGAACCCAGUGAUGACAACGAGGUGAGUGAUAUUUCUGCAGUUCUUGCAAGCGGCUCAGCUCAGUAA